CGCACAUGCACCGAGCAACACGGAACUGUUUACAGCCCAUCUACCCUGCCUACACCGCGGAUUCACUCCUCUGUACGACCAGGACGCCGCUAUUUCGGACUAACAAGGGUCUCUGAAGUCGUUUAUGAUGUACCGCUCGCGGGCGUUGUCAGCGGUGUCAUUUGGUCUGGCGCAGCUGUCCCGGCGUUAUCACAGCGGGGCAGGCCGAGGGACGGGGCAUCGCAGGCUCAUGCUGGCCACUCUGGCAGGGGUCACUGGAGCCUCUGUUAGUGCGGGACUAAUGUGGAAAAGGGCUUAUGCAGAUGCUGGGCCUUCAGUCCAACACACAGAGGCACAGAGGAAAGAGGAAGCUGACUUUGGGAAUGAAACACAAUCUGUGACGGAAUCCGAUCAGUCGGUGGAGGCCAGCUCUGGAGAUGAGGAGUCUAAGGAGGAAGGCGAAGGAGGGAGAAAGAAGAAACAGCGCUCAGGAUUUCGGGACCGCAAGGUGAUGGAGUAUGAGAACAGAAUACGGGCGUACUCGACACCAGACAAGAUUUUCCGGUACUUUGCCACUCUGAAGGUCAUCAGCGAACAUGGAGAUGCCGAGGUCUACAUGACGCCCCAGGACUUCAUCCGCUCCAUCACACCCAAUGAGAAACAGCCAGAGAACCUUGGAUUGGAUCAGUUUAUUGUGAAGCGCUAUGAUGGCAAGAAAAUAGCCCAAGAAAGAGAGAAGUUUGCAGAUGAGGACAGCAUAUUUUACACACUGGGGGAAUGUGGCCUUAUCUCCUUUUCAGACUACAUUUUCCUCACCACCGUCCUGUCCACUCCCCAGAGGAACUUUGAGAUCGCCUUCAAGAUGUUUGACCUCAACGGGGAUGGAGAGGUGGACCUGGAGGAAUUUGAACAGGUGCAGAGUAUAAUCCGCUCUCAGACCAGUAUGGGUAUGAGGCACCGUGACCGCUCCACCACAGGAAACACUCUGAAGACAGCUGGCUGCAGCUCUGCGCUCACCACAUACUUCUUUGGAGAGGAUCUCAAGGGCAAACUCACCAUUGGCAGCUUCCUGGAGUUUCAGAGGAAGCUGCAGCAUGAUGUGCUCAAACUUGAGUUUGAAAGGAACGACCCGAUGGAUGGUAGAAUCACAGAGCGACAGUUCGGGGGCAUGCUGCUGGCCUACAGUGGAGUCCAGUCUCGUAAACUCAAGCUGAUGCAAAAGGGAUUGAAGAAGAUGUUUAAAGAUGCACAGGGCAUCACAUUUGAGGAGGUGGAGAACUUCUUCACAUUCCUCAAGAACGUGAAUGACGUGGACACAGCGCUGAGCUUUUACCACAUGGCAGGAGCCUCCAUAGAUAAAGUGACCAUGAAGCAGGUGGCGCGGACGGUGGCCAAAGUGGAGCUGUCCGAUCAUGUGUGUGACGUAGUGUUUGCUCUGUUUGAUUGUGAUGGGAACGGAGAGCUCAGUAACAAAGAGUUCAUCGCCAUCAUGAAGCAGAGGCUGAUGCGCGGACUGGAGAAACCAAAAGACAUGGGCUUUACUCGACUGGUCCGGGCCAUGUGGAAGUGUGCACAGGACACCGCAUGGGACUUUGCCUCUCCAAAGACAUAACAACAUAGGAGGGGGCAGAACAAAUGGACUCUAUCAUACCAUUCAGUACCAAGGAUGUUUUACAAAUAUUAUCAAUAUUAUAAAAGCUUAUUAAGAGCUAAAGAGGGACGACUUCAACUUAAGCAUGUGAAGUCCAAGCUAUGUUCACUCAAGCAUGCUGAUGCAAAAUCGUUAAGUCAAGAGUGUUUUUCUGGGCUACGAUGCCAGGAUGUUUGUAUAUUUAAAAUGUAUAAAAAGAGAGAAAAUGUUUUAUAGGAGUUAAAAUAUAAAAAAAACUACAUUAUAACACAAGCAAUACACAAGCAGUUUAAACACAUACCUUGCGAAAAGUUUCAAACUCAACCUUUUUCUUUUUUCUGGGCUGGGGACUGUCUUAUUGGGGAAAGCAUUCUUUGUAACACUAAGGACAACAUUACUGUUACCACUUUAUCAAAAGGCAUGUGGGGAGUUGUUUUUAUCUGGUGUAUGUUCUGUAGAAUUUCUGUUCUAUAUUGGGUGCCUUCACACUUGUCCUGGUUUGGUCCUGGUUUAUGCUCAGUUAAAUCCUAAUAUAGAUUUAGUUUGGACCUGUUCUAGUCCUGGUCUAGUCCUGGUCUAAUUCUGGUCUAAUCCUGUUUUAGUUCUAAAUUCAUAAGUGUGAACACACCCUCAGAUUUUUGAAAAUGGCCUUAUUGUAUUUGUCUUUGUCAUUGCAAUUUGUCUUAUCCAUUUGCCCCGUAAUCACACCCUGUAUUUGCAUUAUGUGUAUUUUCUGUUUAUUAAUGCACUCUGAACACUUAAUAUGCAAGAAAACAGCUGCAGUAAAGAAGUUUUUAAGUAUACAUCUCUCUCUGAUCAUCUUUUAUUUCCUCUUGGCCACAUGCAUCACUGCUCUGCCAGAGUUGAUUUGUUGUCCUGUCAUGUUUUCAGUCUCUACAGGGUGCUGCAAAAGCGUGGGGUAAUUAGCAAGACAAAUUUAUGGCACAUUGAGUUUGGCAUUUGUUACGAGU